AUGGCGACUAGUAAAAAAACUAUGGAACAAUCACCACCAUCGACGAAUCCCACUCCUAAACGGUUAUGUGCUGGUAUUGAUUUAAAACAAGCGUUUGUCCAGAUGUUGUUAAAUGAUGAAUCAUUGCAGUCAGCUGUUGCUGAUGUCGUUCAGAAAAACGAUAACCCAAUUACAGUAGCUGCUGAGAAAAUCGUUGAUGUUAUGUUUGACUCCCUUUUAAAACAUUUAUGCGAUCAGGUUGAAUUGUUAGAAAGCCGUACUAUUAAACUCGAACAAAAAACACUUGAUUUGGAGCGGUACAAUCGAUCAUUUAACUUGCGAUUUUAUGGGUUUGAAGAGAGAGGAACAAAUGAUAACAUCGAGAAACGUGUGUCCGAAUUUUUAACAAAAAAUCUUGAAAUUAAAAUUCAUCAUCCAGUUAUUGAAAAUUGUCAUCGGGUUGAUGUUAAACGUGCUGGUAAACUCCGUCUUAUCAUCGUUCGUUUCCAUUUGCGCCCUUUUCGUCAGUUGAUUUUGACAUCGUUAACUAAAUUGAAAGGACAAGAAUUAGGGAUAAUCGUGAUUGAAGAUUUAACAAAACAAAUGUUAAACUUGUAUUACAAAACGCGUGAUGGUCUUGAUGAUACUGAAAAACAAAAAGUAGUCACACGACAAGGUCGAGUUUAUAUUAGAAAUGCAGAUAAAUCUUUAACAUUAGUUAAAGAUCAUUAA